CUACUUAUAUACUCUGAGAUGGGUUGGAGUAUAUAAAGGGUACUCUCUUUACCAUUGGAUUUAAGUAUCUCAUCAGAUGAGAUCCACACCCCCCCCUUAACCAUUUCUACUUCAUACCAACACUGCCUAUUGCAAUCCUAUGUAGUCAUUGCGUGUGAGUAAGUGGACGUUUCAUAUAAUUACUUACCUACUAGUUACGCGUCACAUCCUUCUUCUAUCUUGUUCUCAUAAAUGAUAGGUUACUUGGCUAGGGGGUUGACCGCAAAGUGGUGAUUAUGCAUAAAUAUACCUGCUUUUCGGUGGGCUUCAUCGGGAUUUGUAGGCUCAAAUCGAAACUUCUAGAAGCCCGAUAUUACCUUCUACUUAAGUUAUAGAACCGAAAUAAUCUCGAGUUGGACAAUUAUAACAAUGUCAAGCCAAGAAAAAGACAAAAAAGCGUGUUACAACUGUAUAAUGCGGCACAUUGCCUGUGAUAAAACUGGCGUUCGUUGCAAUAGAUGUGCCAAGGGGAAUUUAGAAUGUCCUAGUUAUGGUAUAAGAUAUCGAUUCGCAAAUGAAGAGACAAAACCACAACCGGCUUCGUUCCCGGGUGUAAAGCAUAUUAGGUCAAGGCGCCGAAAAAGAAGCUAUAAGUGGAUUAAAUAUUGGACGGAAUUGGCAACGCCAGAACCACAAAUGUCGCCGGCAUCGUCGACAGUGAGCCACUCACCGUCACCGUCCAGCAAUUCUUUACCCUCGCCAAGCUCGCUACCAGGUAUAAUAUCAGACAUAGACCCUAGAACACGCCUGUGUUUUCUACAUUUUGCUGAAAAUGUUGCUCCCUUUUUGGUAAUGUUCGAUGGCAAGACGAAUGGUUACCGACACCAUAUAUUACCUAUGGCCUAUAGCGAGCCUCUCGUUGAGAAAGCUGUCUGCGUUGUGUCAGCUUCUCACAUUUCGGCAAAACAACGACGUCUUUGUAACCCCGCCGAGAUUAUAAGGGGUGGCCUGAUCCGGAGGUUGUUUGAAACUUCAAGGUCGGAACCUGAUUUGAGCGAGACUACUUGGGCAACGCUUGUUCUGCUAGUUGCGUCAGAUAUAAUCAGUGGUCGCGAUGAUGUUUUAGUUAUAUAUGAACUCCUGACUACAUUCAUAAAAGCCCGAGGACCCCUUGAGGAACCCAUGUCCCCAUUACAGAGAUUUUUACAUUUCCAGUCCUCCAUUCUAGGCUUCUUUAUACAACCUUUCUCACAUUUAGAGUCUCAUUAUAACAACCACAGCCCAAUACCAAUACUUGAAGAUUAUUAUCGAUAUGACCCCUGUUUGCAUAGGAUCAACUCACAUUACGAAUGCACCGAUUACGAAACAUGGUUUCCCAUCUACGAAGAACUUUUUCGCCUGGCGGGUGAAAUUUGCGUGGCAAGAGAGGGGUCGGCGGUUUUACCAACUACUUUGGUCGAUCAUAUACGGGACUGUGUUACGCAAAUUAAACUUGCCUCUGAGAACAUUGAGGAGAACACCCCAGGGUUCCAUGCGAUUGUCUGGCCUGUCUUUGUGGCCGCAGCAGAGAGUUUCUCGGACAGUAAUCGCCGGUAUUUCACCACAGUAUUAAAACAGUUAUGGGAAAGAACUAGCCAUGUGAACAUACUACGCGGACUCGAGGUUCUCCCCGAUAUAUGGGCUCAGAGGGGCAAGAGGAGUUGGAUUUCUAUGAUUUUAGACUAUAAGGGGCUUGUUAUAUGUUGAGUACCUGGGUAAUUAUAUCUUUUCUAUUCGCAUUGAACUACUUCCUCGGUUUCUAGAUUAAUGUCUUUUUGCUCAGCCACACCCCCUGCGCCAUUUUUCUCGGGUUUUUCCAUGUCAUCUUUGAGUCCAUAUCGCGUAUCCAAUUCCUGUCUCAAUGGUAUAUCUCGCUCUAAUAAAACCAGCAGAGUCGCAAGACCAGCGAAAGCUA